AUUGAUUCUAUCGUCGACAACUGAAUACCGCCCACUUCAAGUGUUCAUGUAAAACAAACCGACCGCACACCGUCGCGUGGUCGGGUUCGAUAUGCACGCCUGUAUUGCCAACUUAAUUUAAAUUUAUAUUUGUGGAAGAAAUACGCCGUAAUACAACAUUAAUCAAACUUAAUAACAAAUAUGAAGCAUUUGUUAACCAAACAAAAAUACAUUUUUGGUGUAACUAGAUCAAACAAGGAGCCAAAGCGGCAAUUGACGCUUUUUAUGUAUAUGUUUUUGUAAAUCGUGAAGCUAUGCGUAUCACAGACAAAGUUUUGAGGAGUUUUAAGGUUGCCAGGAAAUAUGAUGAUGUUCAUACAGGCAGAAUCAACUGUGUGGACUACAGCUCGAACGGGGAAAACGCGGUAUCAAGCAGCGACGACGACUCCAUUACGUUAUAUGACAUCCAACAGGGAAAACCUAUUGUCGAGAAUCUGUUCAGCAAGAAGUAUGGAGUAGACCUCAUCCGCUUCACACCCAGAGAUGCUGAAACUGUGGUCCACAGCUCCAACAAACAGGAUGAUACGAUCCGAUACCUGUCAAUCGCGAACUACUCAUUCCUUCGAUAUUUCUCUGGCCACACCGCACGGGUUACUGCGCUCUCCAUGUCUCCAGUGGAGGAUAUAUUUAUCUCCAGUUCGUUAGAUGAGACGAUCCGCAUCUGGGACCUCCGCUUGCCCACCUGUCAGGGUUUGACGAACACUAUGGGGAGACCUGUUUGUUCAUUUGACCCGGAUGGGUUAAUAUUUGCUGCAGGAGUGGAAUCACAUGUCCUCAAACUCUACGACCUUCGUGCUUUUGACAGGGGUCCGUUCUCCUGCUUUGAGACCAGGUUUAAUCGUGUCUGUGACUGGACCGGACUCAAGUUCAGUAAGGAUGGGAAGCACAUUCUCAUUUGUACGAACGGCGGAGCUAUUCGUGUCCUGAACUCUUUCACUGGAUCUGUGCAGCACACAUUUUCAGGCUACAACAACAGUAAAGGAGCGUCCCUGGAGGCCUGCUUCACUCCAGACUCGCAGUUCGUUAUGAUCGGUUCGGAAGACGGCAGAGUUCACGUCUGGAGCAUCGAGAGCGGGAUGAAGGUGGCGGUGCUGGACGGCAAACAUCAAGGACCCAUCAACACGCUGCAGUUUAACCCUCUGUACAUGACGUUCGCCAGCGCCUGCACCUCCAUGUUGGUGCUAGAUUUAUACAAGGAGCCGGUGCAGACCUGGGACAAGGAUUACGAUCGGUUUCUGCUUCCUCUCCUCACGCCUCAGGAGCCUUGCUACAUCCUCUACCGCCUGGACUCCCGGAAUGCACAGGGAUACGAGUGGAUAUUCAUCUCUUGGUCACCUGACCACUCACCAGUGAGGCAGAAGAUGAUGUACGCUGCGACUCGUGCCACGCUGAAGAAAGAGUUUGGAGGAGGUCACAUCAAAGAUGAAAUGUUCGGCACGGUCGAGGACGACCUGUGCUUUCAGGGAUACCUGCGCCACAGAUCCUCCGGUUCGUCUCCAGCGCCGCUCACAUCAGCCGAGCAGGAGCUACAACGAAUUAAAGUCACAGAGGAAAAAGUUGUUUGGGAUGAACGGAGACGAAUUGGGACGCCAACAGCGCGAGCGAAGGUCACAAUGGAGUUUGGCCUGGACAAGAGGGCACAGACUCUUCAGGGUCUUGCAUUCCCUUUACAAGAAGAUGCCAAACGAGCUCUGCAGCAGCUCAAGCAGAAACGCAUAAAUUACAUCCAGCUGAGGCUGGAUGUUGAUAAAGAGACCAUUGAACUGGUUCACACCAAACCGACAGAAACUCACGAGCUUCCCUUCAGGAUUCCUACAGACACGCCUCGGUAUCACUUCUUCGUCUUCAAACAUUCCCACCAGGGUCAGAUGCACGAGGCCUUAGUGUUCAUAUAUUCAAUGCCUGGGUACACCUGCAGCAUCAAGGAGAGGAUGCUGUACUCCAGCUGUAAGAACAGGUUACUGGAUGAGGUGGAGAGAGACUAUCAGCUGGAGGUCAACAAGAAGAUGGAGAUCGACAGCGGCGAUGGUCUGACAGAAGAAUUCUUYUAUGAAGAGGUGCAUCCCAUGGAGCAGACCCUAAAGCAGGCCUUUGCUAAGCCUCGUGGACCAGGAGGGAAGAGGGGCAACAAACGCAUCAUCAAGAGUCCUGGAGAGAACGGGGAAGAUUAGACAUCAUACACACUCACCCCCCACCCACCCACACGCACACACACAUAUAUAACACAAUCAAAUGUAAUGAUGUUUAAGAAUUAAUCAAGCAUUUGACUGUUUAACUUUUAAAAGAGAGUUUACGUUUCACAAUAAAACAUAAGGAAAUGCUAA